AUUGACGCUUCAUUUUCAUACGAUUUUAUACAACUAUUUUCAUUCGUUUCAAGAACUCGAAGAAUAGUUGCCUGCCGUUUUCAUAAUUAGUUCUUCCGACUCUUCUGUGAAAGUUUUUUUGAACUGUGAAGUUAUAAUGCCUCUGCCACCGGCUCUAUUAGCAAAACUUUCAAAAAGGGGAAUAGUUGCACCUCCUUCCAAAACUCCAGCAAAAACAACCAAAAAAGAUGACUACAAAGGUUAUGUCUAUUGCCCUAAUAAGGUGAACAUGUUUCACAUUUGUUCAGUCUUCUGUGAGACCAAUUGGAGAGGACAUCCUACUCCAGAACCAACUUAUGCAAGGAGUAUGCAGAAACUCUUGUUCAAAUAUCCAUUACCUAGUAAUUGGAUUGAAGUAUUUGAUAAAGGAGUUGGGAGAUACUAUUACUGGAACAUUGAAAAUGAUUUAGUAUCAUGGCUUCCUCCUAAACAUCCCAAAGCAAAAAUCACAAAAUGCGCAGCUAAACUGAGGGAACAAUAUUUGACUGCGAAAAAAUCUGAUACUAAAGAAAAAGAAUCAGAUGAUACUAAUGACUCUGAUGAAAAAGAAUUCAAGAAACCAAGUCCUCGAGUUGUUAGCCGUAGAGAUAGCGAAGAUAAAUCUAGAAAAGAUGACAAGCAUAGCAGUAAAAGACCAAGGAAAGAUAAUGUUCUUGACCCAAUGGAUCCCGCUUCAUACUCAGAUAUUGCUCCUGGAACAUGGAGUGAUGGGCUAGAGAAUAAUAAAACACAUGCAGAUAACACAGCUUCGGGAGUUUUAUAUCAACAGAGGCCCUAUCCAUCACCAGGAGAGGUUUUAUCAAGCAAUAAGGAAAAACAAUCCAAAAAACAUUAAACUCACGACUGAAAUCAAUGUAUAUAUUUCACAUUACAUGUAAGGACUUCCACAUUAUAUCAUCCAAUUUUCUGUAAGUUUUAGUUUUUAGAAAUUAUGAUUCGUGAAUGAAAUUGUAAAUAUUAAGUUGUAAAAAUGUAUAUUUCAUUAAAAAAGACCUAAA